UGCAUACGUACAGUAUUAAAGUGAAAGCAAGCAAAACAGCAAAACAGUUAUUUGAUAAUUCUGAAAAGUGAAUAAAACUCAAGGAUUGAUUUUUUUCUUCAAAAUAAUCUAGAAUCUUAAAAAUCCUAGAUUUGGAUAAAAGGACGCUCUGUAUUAUGAAGGAGUCCGAGUGUGCAGUGUAUUGUAUAGUUGUGUGAAUCCACUUUAGAGUUUGGAGUUAACAGGGAAUCCCACUUUUUAACCAAAUUCAAGGAUAAAUACAAAAUUAAACGUAUUGUAAACGUAAUUCUAAUGAAUCCUGCAUUUGAAAAGAUGAACUCUGAGAGUAGGAGAGGAAGCUCUGAAAACAAAAAUGAUUUUUCUUUUCUUCGCAUCUUUGGCAUUUUCAUACAUUUGAUGGCUUUCAGCUAUCCAAUAGAAGAUGAUGGAGGUUGUUUUGAAAUUGUAGAGACCAUUAAUAGAUCACAUAGUGAUACAGCAAAAGUGAAAGCUGUUGGAAUGGAAUCCCUGUACCCAGAUUUGAUGCGAAUUCUGCUUCAGUACCUGGACGUGAGGAGUAUGAUGAUGCUACGCUGUGUGUCCACCACCCUGAGGGAGAGGGUGGACGAGUGGGAGAUCAUGUUCCAGAACUGGAAGUUUACAACCGCCUUCUCCACCACUAAACUUUACAAAUUCGCAGACAUUUAA